GAGGAGCUCAAGAUUCUCGCACGUAUUGAAUCUCGAUUUGCAUUCCUUCCAAAUCCGAGAUUCCACAUAAAACGGCGUUUCAUGAAACGAACUGCUUCUGAAACAAGGGAGAUAUCGGUAUUCAAACCUCCUGGAAUAGAUAGAAAAUGGCUCUCGAAGGAGAGAAGUCAGUGUCUGGUUGCCGCAGGUUCUAAAGCUGCCGAAGAUGGGAGACACAUGACGGAUUCUCCCAUUCUCUCCAUGCCUGCUACGGUCUUCUUCACGGAUUACGCACCAGGAAACGUUUAUGAGAAAGAAGUGAUUAUCAAAAACGUAUCUAGUCAAUCACGCCGCUUUCGCCUGAGUGCGCCGCCACCUUAUACUCGAUCACCUGUGUUUGCGAUCAGUCUGAUUUCCGCACCUGCCGAUCAUGGAAUCAACGGACUAGUUGCGCCCGGGAUGAGCUUGCGGUAUCGGGUCUCUUUUAAGCCGACUUCACUGGCUACUUGUCGGGAAAGCUUCAUUGUUUCGACUGAAACAGGGAACAUAUUUACGAUUCCUUUCAUUGCGCAAAGAGAGCCCCCGUCGCUGACUUUACCGGGCAUCUUGGACUUCGGCCCAAGUCGAGCGGGGUUUGCAAAUCUGCGAGUUUGGGAAGUAAAAAAUGAAGGAGGACCAGGCCGAUUCCUUAUUGUUCCGGAGCACGUAAAAGUGGACCCUUUCACCGUAUUCGAUGCUAUGGGCGAUAUGGAAAAGUACGGAAGCACCACAAGUUCUCUGUUCGAAAUUUUCCCCACGUUCUUGUGUCUCAAGAAGGGAGAAACAUGUCAGCUCAUUGUUCGCUACUCUCCUCCGGGUUUGAAUCCGGAAGAGUUUCCUCAGGGUAGAUCGGAUGAGUCUCUGUUCAAGUUGGUGUGUGACAACUGCAUCGUGACAGACAUGCCCCUGAGAGGCAUGGCUCAGAACCCCCGCCUGAAAGUCAAGAAGAUCGAAUGCGCCGACGAGGUCAUUGAGGCGGAAGGCGCAACGAUUGGAAAUCUUCUCAACUAUGACGCCUACAUCCCUUUCGGAGCACAGAAUCUGCAAGCGACGACGACAUACUCGGUAACUAUUCACAACGAGUCAAUGAUACGUUUGCCCUAUUCCUGGGACGUAUUUGAUGUACCCCCCGACAAGAUGAGCGCGAGCGACCUGCUCCAUGGAAACUCUGAGUUCCAGGUUAUCCCCUCAAGAGGGUGGCUGGCCCCUCACGAGGACACGGUUUUCAAGAUUGCCUUCACGCCGGAAACGUUCAAGUGCUUUGACGUUGUUUGUGCUCUGCACCUGCUGCACAGCGAUCGGCGGAAGACGGUCAGUCCCAAAUCCAGUCAGGACGCCCGCAAGCGAAGUUAUGGCUCAGCUCUGUGGCUGCGAUGCACAAGUCAAAGCGUUCCUUUCCGCGUACACAUCACCCCGGAAAUACUUCAGGUGCCGGACACACUCUUCACAGGGUCGACAUACACAGCGGAUUUUCACAUCACUAACGAAAGUGCAUCUCCGAUUACUUUUUCAUGGGAGGUGGAAGAUGUGAAUGAGAAUACCAUGCAUAUCGGUGUCUCCCCGGCUUCAGGGGUCCUGAAUGCAGCAGCUUGUGCGAAAGCUAAGAUGCAAUUCAUAGGACUCUUCCCUGGCACAGUAAAGGGAACUCUGGCUUGCAAAAUUGCCAAUGGACCUACGGUGCGGAUACCAGUGAUUGCCGAAGUGGCACUGGCGCCGGGAGCCUUGAAUUUUGCGCUGCCUGUCGUUGAUUUUGGUCUUAUGCGACUAGGAUCCUCGAAGAAGAUCGAUGUGCCUCUGGUCAGCCGUGCACCGAUACCCUUGCAAUGGCGCGCGAGAGUUUAUAGGCACAGUCCUGAGAAAAAGCAGAAUGACUGCUAUAUGUCUUACGAACCAUCCCAGGGGCUACUUGCACCAAACUCCACACAAAUCAUCAGUAUGACAUGUGUACCCACAUGGUAUCAGGACUUGCGUGCAGUGUUGGAGUGUGUCGUUGUCGACGACGGGGAGCCUAUCGUGCCCUUGUCAGUAGAACGCAACUUCUCCGCGGCAACCAGCAAAACCCAGCCCGUGGCGGAGAGCUUCUCUGGGAGGAGCGUGGCAGUGGGGGCCGUUGAGAUCAGAGCUCAAGCUCAGACACCCAAAGCAAAAAUCCUCUGUCCUCACAAUGCGCUGUCGGGAUUCGUCGGCGUACCAUGCGAGUAUCAAGUCACUAUCGAGAAUGAAUCCCUUCUGGCAGCCGGAUUCAAAUGGAUCGGGUUGCAAUCUUCCGAAUGCAGCGUGUCCUUCGAACCGCAAACGGGCUGCAUUCCGGGCGGUCAAUCGGUGGACAUCAAAGUGCGAGUCGUCGCACACAUUGUUGGCGAACUGAAUAAAACAUUCGCGUGCCAGAUCGAUGGAAUGGUCGAGUCGGAUGGUGUCGUCGAAAUCACUAUGGACCUUGAAGUUUUUGGUAUCAAUCUGACUUUCCAUAUCCAAUCUUCAGAACCUGUUUUAGCUGCUGUCUCAGAAGAUGCUUUAGGUUCUCUGUCGUUCGACUUCGGCAUGGACUGUCCGAUAUUCGCGGAGCGCCAUAGCACAUUGACUAUACACAACCGCUCUGCGAUCAGCGCCCCUUUCCAAGUGGCCGUACAGAAAUACAGGGCAACCAAUCCACCUGAGGGGCCUCUCGGUCAGCAGGAUGGAGAUGGGCGGAGCCUCAAAUCGGGCGUCGGGCAAGCUACUGGUCAACUCAGUGGAUCGAACCCCCUCCUGCCGCUAAGCUACGACGAGCCUCUAGGGUUCAGUUCGAAAACCGGUGUACAAUACAUCUCGGAAAUCAAAGAAGUCAGGCGGCUGAUCAAACGAAUGGAUGAAUUGCUACGUGAGGGUCGCGGGGCGGCAUUUCAUUCCUCGCCGACCAACGGAACAAUCGGACCAUGGGGCACCGUUCAGAUUCGCGUUACAUCCUACAAUAAUCUUGUGGGCCUCUACGAAGACAAUCUCAUGUGCGACGUGAGAGGCUGGCCGUCCCUAUCGAUUCCCAUUCGGCUGGGCGUUGUGGGACUUCCGGUUCGAUUUUUUGGGGCUCAUCUGGUCGCAAAGCCAAAGAAUUCCGUUGACGUGCUCCCGCGCGUGAACUUUGGAACACGCCUGAAUAGCCUUACAUUCGGUAGUACGGAUGGCGUUCGACUCUAUCCAUACCCGCGAAGCGAUAUGACGGACGAUCAGAUGCAGGAGCUGAUUGACACGGAAGCCUAUAGCAAAGUUAUCAACAUCGAGAACCAGACGCCACGGGACAUGAAGUUCAGCUGGAUACUGUACAUCAAGCAUACGCCAGGAGGAACCGGUGUAUCUCCAUCGAUCGAAGAGAUCAUUAGUCCAGAGAACAGGCUGGACCCUGAUCAAUUGAGCACCUUCGGUGUUUAUCCAGCCACUCUGGUUCUUCCCGCAUUCAGAUCCACGUCGAUUCGAAUCUUCUUCCGAAGUGCUACGGUGGGGGCUUCCGAUUGUCUUUUGGUUGCAGAUGUCGGAUAUAUCCAAAAAGGCGGAGCGCCACUAUACGGGCAUGGUCGGAAGGAAUCUACACGUUAUCCCGCCACCGAUUCCUCGUUCCCGGCCAGUUAUUUGAAGUCCAUGGCUUGUGUUCAUAUCCAGGGUCGUGCUAUCGAG